CAGCCAUCUCAUUGGCUCAACUCAACGUUUGAACUUGUUGUUGCUCUUCUCUGAAGAUUUAACCAGCGAAUGUUUUUUGACUUACCUCGGACCGCUCAAUUACAAGUUUAUUGAGCAAGUGAAGGUGUCGUGGAAGCAUGGGAGAUGAUAAAGAACGCCUGAGAGAGGUGAUUCUGGAGGCCCUGAGUCGUCUAGGAGUACAGCAGGACGCUGCUGGCAGGAAGAGUCAUCUCGGCCAGGGCAGUAAACUACUCGGCAUCACAAAUAAUAAGAACAAUAAGACUAAGUGCAAGGGAAAGCCCAGUCCCAGGGUGACAGGGUCGAGAAGUCCUAAGAACAAGGCAAGCAAGGCCAGGGAGGAGAGGAAACACACUCCUAAGUCACCAUUCUCCAGCGCCAAGCGCAAGGCACAGCACCGCAGACAAUAUAAUAAAGAAAAUAAUAAGGUGUUUGGCCGUGAACUCGGAAGCGUUCCAUCAGUGUGCGUUUACCUGUCAGACAAUAUCCAGGUUACUGUGCCAGAAUUCUUGGUGGAUUUAUGUAAUCUUGUUAGAAGAAAUAUUACUGUUGAGGGGAUCUUCCGAAAAGCUGGGUCAUCACAGAGACAGAGCGAUAUAAAGAAGUUAAUAGACACUGGGAGCAGUCUUCCGAGCAGUGUUCAUGUGAUAGAUGGUGCAUGCCUCCUCAAGCAGUUUUUGCGGUCUCUGCCUGACCCAAUUUUAUCAUCUGAUGUUCACUCCAGGAUUGUCAAAAGUAUGGAUUUGGCACAGGAAACCAGACUUGAUGCUAUUAUUCUCUGCACAUUGCUGUUGCCUCAAACUCAUAGAGAUACACUGUUAUACCUGAUGGAUUUUUUUUCAGAUGUUGUAGCAGCAAGUGGGAGCAACCUUAUGGAUGCACAUAACCUAGCAAUAGUGUUGGCUCCGAAUCUCUUGCCAACAACUUUUACACCACCAUCCACCAGCUGGAGGUCAUCUGGUCAGUCCUUUCCAUCUGAAGAUGUGAUGCUGGCAACCAAUAUUGAGAUUUUGCAGUUGCUGAUUGAGAAUGGUUCACUGGUGUGCCGUCUGCCUAGCAGUGUGUUACUGGCUCUCCAGAAUCAAGACAAAAGUCAGUCAACAGAAAACCUUUUGUCUGCCCAGUCACAUCCUACAACCAGAAAAAAACGUCGGAGUGAAUCUUUACAUAGGCUGAUGACAGGAUUACGGCGUGUUGUUGGGCACACGAGGGCUGGCUCAACUUCUCCUCAUCGAGCCAUGGGAAGUGCUGAGGAGCUGGACUCCCUACACUUACAUCCUGGUAUAGCCCUUUCCCCAAUGCCUGUAAAUGAACCAUCGCCACGAAAACGCAAAUCAGCCGAUGCAUUUGAACUUUGCCUCGAAUCUACAAGGGCUCAAGCUGGUGAUAUCAACCCUCUGUUUACACCUCCAUCUAGCAAGAGGGCCAAAAUUGACAUUCAAGUGGGCACUGUUGCUACUUCUGCUACUACUACUACUACUACCGCUGUGGAUACUGGCUCUUCUGUUUCUGCUAACCUCCUCCUUCCUGUUAGCACGCCUUCACUUAAUAAGAAGCAGAUCUUUAAAAUGGGUCAGCCCUGUAUCGUUCGAGAGAUCGUGGACUCGCGGAACUUACUCACUCAAUCAUCUGCUCGAUACUCCAUCACGGACAGCUCCACUCCAUGCCUUAAGAGGUCCACUUCUGCUAAAAUCAGAGCUUUCUCCAAAUCCCCAAGUACUAACAUUUACACAGUCAACCCUGGAGUAGGUAGGAAGAGUUUAGGUCGAGUUGAAUCUCUCAAAGUUGAAACAGUUCAACACAGGAUGGAAUCGCAGCCACUUUCGAAGAUAUUCUCCAGAGAUGCUCCAAUAAUGUCGCCAGUCACUAAGCCAGUAGUGAGACGAAGAAGCUGUGAUAUUCCACUCAGGAGCAGUGUCAAGAGAAUGAGCUGUUCCGAAGAGCCUGUUAGAGUUAAACGAAGGAGCAGCAGCGGAUGGAGAAUAAAUUUUAAUGAACCAGAUGGUGCGGAUGUUUCUUCCACCUUGGAGUCACGAGGGGUACCUGAUGGAGCAGAAUGUACACUUCGUGACCAGUUAGUUCCUCGUCCUAGGCUCAAUAAUUCCAUAGAUACUCUCGAGCAGCAGUAUGAUGAUAUAAAAUCUGUCUUAAAAACCAUGGAAGAGGAAUUUGAUAAGAGUAAUGUUCAACAAAUGAAGGAAGUAUUUUUUCCAGACAGUUCUUCUAUAUCUGCACAAAACAUGAGUUACUCUGAAAUGAUACAGAGCGCUUAUGAGCGCAUGAAAGUAGAGACUAAAGAGCUUGGCAUCAGUCCCUCUGAUAAUUUAUCAAAGAGAUUGGGAAAGGAGCUUAAAAUUCGUAAUCGAAGAAGUGGAGAACAUAGAGUGAUACGAUCACCAAGUGAACGAAAAAUUGGCACCAUCAGACGUCGCUCAAGGGAUUUAGUACAAAAUGCUGCUAAAAGUCAAACUAAUGUGGAUGAUACUCUUGAAAGUAAGCCAGUUCAAACACCAAAAAUGAAAGGAACUCUAAUGCAAACUCCAAUAAACACUACCUUAAAACGGGGAAGACCAAAUUCUGUAAAAUCAGGACUUCCGUUUGUAGUGCGUUCAACUUCAAAGGGAAUUUCUGAUUCCCCAGUAGGUUUUGCAGAAACCCCUACAACUGGUAUAAACCGCAAGGUGAUUAUAAACAAGAGAAAUGAUGACAGUGCUCUUAGGUCAACUUGUAAUGAAGAAGGAAAAGCAAUAUGUAAAAUAUACAAUAAUGAGAGUUCUGGGGAGCAACUCUCAAUAAAUAUGAAUAUGUCUAGUAUGAGUGUUGAUGACAGUUUAACUGGCAGUUUUCUUGAGCACCUUUCUGUGCCCUUGACACGUAGGAGGUCCCAUCGUUUAUCACUAGUCUCUUCUGUUCCAGUGUUAAAAUUUUCCUCAACAGAAACCUCUAUAAAUGAAGGCUAUCAAAGGGAUUAUAGUAAUUGUUUAUUAAAUUUGCAGCAUAAUAUCUCAGAUAUAAAUAUGGAGGUUGAUGAACAGAUAGCUCAGAAAGACAAGUUGGUAAAUAAAAAAAAUCAGUGUGCUGUGUAUGCUGAAUCUGAGGCUGGAGAAGAGCAGUGGAUGCCUGCAACUGAAUUCAUCAGUUGUGCAGAGGAUCACGAGAACUUAAGAGGAGAAGGAAAUAUUGGAAGGCCAUCACUUGCAGCUCUAAUAAAACAGAAAAAAGUAACUGCCAAUGUACAACUCUUUAACAACUUAAAUGCUCCUAGUCCUUAUCAGCGACGACAGUCAAGACUUCGCUGCACUCCUAAUCAGCCUCCUGAACAUUCAUCUGCCUCUGAUCAGCGUGUGACUAGGUUGAGUUACUCAAGAAGCAUGUCUCACCGUUCUACUAUGACGCCACGGGAACUGCUGAAAGCUAGACAGAAAUCAUUACAGUUUGAUAGAGCACCUCACAGUGUAACCAAAAUUGCUAUAGUGUCACCACUUAAGGAAAGUAAUCGGAUCAAUAUUCAACAAGAACAUUCUCGUGACACUCCAAAGGCAUACAAAGGAGAAGCCACGGUCCCUAAGACACUAAUAAGGAAGGAGGAGGAUAUGAGAUUUAAAACUCCAGACAGUCUUAUGUCUCCUGUUCAUAAAAAAAGUACUUUUGGUGUUUCACAUUUGGUCCCAACUGAAGACUCAGUUAGUCCACCAAAGCUUCCUCCUCGUUCUUCUGUAAAGCCUUCACCCAUUAGGAUCCAAUAUAGAUAAUGCCAUUAUGUAAAAUCACUUGAAGGAAACUUUGUAAGAUACUCUUCUCAUUGUUGUUAUUGUUCAGUGCAAAUUUAUAUCAUGACUUCAUUAUAAAAAUAACUCUCAUUCAUGUUUCUGAUGUCAGAACUUGGCAAAUCUCUAUUUUAAAAACUUAGAUAUUUUUCUUUUUUUUUUAUAUCUUUUAUGCUGUUAUGGUUCCUGUGAUCACCUAUCCUGUAUGAAAUUCUCCACAUUCAUUGUCAUCCAUCACUGACCCCUUUUAUUUAAAUUCUUGCUUAUCUUAUAAAUACUGUACAUUAGUCAUCCUCUUCACUUAUUUGAUCAGUCAUAUUGUAUUUCUCUUGAACAUUGCUAGCUUUUUCACAUAUUCUGUAUAUUUUUUAUUAAUACUCCUCACCUUAGACCACAUGUAUUUUGAAAAUAGUUCAGAUCACAAGCAGGAUUAUUUUUAGUAAUGUUUUAGAAAAUAUUUGUAUUUUACUCAUAGCUCACUGUGGGAAGCAUUAUUGUGUUAAUCAGCCCUCAUCAGUUACUUUCUCCAUUACACAACUCUCACAUUGGCUACUGUAUUUCUUCUUGUUCAUGGUUCCGAAUAUUUAAAUUUCUUGACAUAUUCCAAUAUUUCACCACCAGUUUCCAUAAUACACUAUCACAAAUAGAAAUUACACACCUGACGUAAAUGUAAUACAGUAAUACGAAUGAGUAUUAAUGUUUCCUUGAAUCCUUCAUUAUCCAUUGACCCUAUUAAGUUCGGUGCUUAAUUUGAUUAUAUUAUUAUUCAAUGUUGGUAGUGAAGUGGUAACGGUCUUGCCUUACUCUAUUGGCUCAAAUUCUCUUUAUUUCCUUUUCAGAUUCUUGGUGUUGUGAAAUUUCAUUUUAUUUUUAUAGGAAUGUAGUAACAAAGACAAUAAUGCAGUUCUUUGCUACCAGAAUUGGCUUGCAUAGUAAGUAAAAUAAUUUGUCAUUGAUGAAACUUAUCCUGGUUUCAACAUCUUUUUUAUGUUCAAGGUGAAAUCAUAACCUGUAUGCCUUAUAGUCUGUGAGUCAUGAGUUUCAGUUCGUGUUCAUCUUACUCCAUUCUGCAAGGUGGAGCAAAAUCCACCAGUGUACAAGUUUGUAUUUCGAAAACCAUUACACUAUUCUCCCAUCAUUUACCUCUGACUUUAUUAUAUUACAUACUAGUACUCAUUUGCAACUUCGUUUUUGUUUGUUUUCGAUUGUCAAUGCUAAAUCAGUAGCAAAAAAGCGGGUCAGUAAGGAGCAUACUUUUCAAAACCUUGACCAUUUCUCUACCUUGACAUUUGCUACACCUCUACUAGCUCUGUUCAUAUUCAGAGUAUUUGUUUGAUCUUACAUUCACUUAGGUUCAUGCUUACAUACAGGUUCAUGCUUACAUACAUAUCAGUUAACUAAUUUUUUUUUAUAUACAAAAAACUUUUAAAGCUUCCCCAAAGGCAUUCCAGUCAAGUCUCUGAUAUUUUUUAUCCAUAAAUGUUGCUCUUUUUUUUCUGCUAUGUAUUUUAUCACUAGUAUCUUUCCAACAAUAUUUUAUCAAGACUUUUGUAAUAUCUUGCUCCUCAGUUUGCAAUGUGUUAGUUCUGUAUCAUCAGUUAUAAGUUUAAUUCACCUUUCCUGGUAUAAAUCACGGAAUGGGUAGGACCUGAACCCACGGCAAAUGAAUCCUAAAACUGUGUUAACCACUCAGCCAACUGACUGGCCUGUGAGUGUUAGGAUUCACUUGCCAAGGGUUCAGACCCCACCUGUUCUGUGAUUUGUUUGCAGUUGUGUUAUUACUAUUUACUGGUAUAUUCUGUAUGUUAAUUUCCUUGAAAUUACACUUAGCUUGUUAUUAUCCCUGUUUUGUAUAAGAGUAUUCAUGUUAUUUUUUACUUUGUCCAUGUUCAACAAUUUUUGUAAUCUUAUUCCAUCUGUUCGUAGGGUUUUUCUCAAUAAUUUGCCUAAACAAUACAUCAGUGACUCAUAAUUUGCAGGUCUUAAUAUUUGUCACCUUAUUGACAGAGUGAGUUAUUUAAUUAUUUAGCAUGUACACAAGUAGCUCUCUUUAUGUUUCAGCUUAAUCUAGCUUUUUAUAUUAGUCAGAAUCCUUGAUUAUAUGAAUAAGUUUUUUUUACCACUGCCAUAUGACACAAGUGGUCUCAACACCAUUCAUACACUCCAUGACUGAAAAUUUUUUUUUUUUUUUUUUUUUUUUUUUUUUUUUUUUUUUUUUUUUUUUUUUUUUUUUUUUUUUUUUUUUUGGUACUUUGUUCUUAACCUUAUUGUUCACUCAUAAGUCAGUACAGUUAAAAUGAACCUAUUUUACAUUAUUUAAAUUUGUGCCAUACUAAAACAUGUACUGCACAUUGUCAGCAUUUCUUUGUAAUUUUUUAUUUAGAGUGUCACACUUUUUCAUCUCAUUUUUAUAAAGACAAUAAAGGCUAUAAGAAACUAAACUACACUAUUUAUUAUUAUUAAUGUACAUUAGGGUCCCACUUAUACAGCAGUUUAGGUUCCAGGCUACCGCCAGAAAGCAGACAUUGCCGGAAAGCAGAAAGCCAUUGUUUUCCAUUUAUAAAUGCAUGUAAAUGCCAGAUAAAAAGUUUA